CUGACUCAGCCACCCUCCCUCCUUUUGGUGAGCACAGCACAGUGACAGUGAGAGGACACCAGCCUGCCUGCUGCUCCGAGCCUGCUGUCACAGUGAUGGAGUCCAGCAACGUCCAGGGGAAAAAAGUUGCCAUUGUUGGAGGGGGCCUGGUGGGUGCAUUAAACGCGUGUUUCUUUGCAAAACGAGGUUUCCAUGUUGAUGUUUAUGAAGCCAGAGAAGAUAUCCGUGUGUCCAGCUUUGCCCGUGGCAGAAGUAUUAACUUGGCCCUGUCAUACAGAGGACGCCAGGCCCUGCAGGCUGUGGGGCUGGAAGAGCAGAUUGUGUCUAAAGGCAUCCCCAUGCAUGCACGGAGAAUACACACACUACUGGGGAAGAAGUACUCUAUCCCUUAUGGCAAGAAGAAUCAGUACAUUCUCUCCGUGGACAGAGCAAACUUAAACAGAGAGCUGUUAACAGCUGCUGAGAAGUACUCCAACACUAACCUGUACUUCGGACACAAGCUAAUAGAGUGCAAUGCAGAGUUGGGGACACUAACCAUUAAAAGUUCCAGGUCUGGCCAGCUGCCUCUGGAAGACACCUAUGAUCUCAUCGUGGGAUGUGAUGGAGCCUUCUCGACAGUCAGAAAGCAGUUCAUGAGGCAAACGUGCUUCAACUACAGCCAUGAGUACAUCCCUCAUGGCUACAUGGAGCUGACCAUCCCUCCCAGGGAUGGAGAUUUUGCCAUGGAACCAAACUAUCUCCACAUCUGGCCAAGAAACACAUUCAUGAUGAUUGCGCUGCCCAAUAUGGACAAGUCUUUCACCUGCACCCUCUUCAUGCCCUUUGAGGAAUUUGAGAAGCUCAAGACUGGCGAGCAAGUACUGGAUUUUUUCCAGACCUACUUCCCAGACUCCAUCCCCCUCAUCGGAGAGCAGGAGCUGAAGCACGAUUUCUUUCUGCUGCCAGCCCAGGCCAUGAUAUCUGUGAAGUGCUCCUCCUACCACCUCUCUAACCGCUGUGUGCUGAUGGGAGAUGCUGCUCAUGCUGUUGUGCCUUUCUAUGGACAGGGCAUGAACGCAGGCUUUGAGGAUUGCCUGGUCUUUGAUGAGUUAAUGGACCAGUUUCACAAUGACCUGGGUGCCUGCCUCCCUGAGUUCUCCAGGCUGAGGGUGCCCGAUGACCAUGCCAUCUCAGAUUUAGCUAUGUACAACUAUGUAGAGAUGCGAGAGCACGUAAAUUCGACAUGGUUCAUUUUCCGGAAGCGGAUCAACAACCUCCUCCACACCCUCAUGCCUUCUACUAUCAUCCCACUGUACACAAUGGUGACAUUCAGCAGAAUUCGCUACCACGAGGUACUUCAGCGCUGGAAAUGGCAGGAAAAGAUAAUUAAUCGAGGACUCUUCAUCAUGGGGGCAGCAGGGCUGGGCGGCACCUACCUGCUUGUGAAGAGACUGACACGGGACUGGUGCUUCUUCAUACCAAACUUGUGGGGCUGGUGCCAUUACAUCAGGAACAUUGGAAAUUUUCCUUUCAGCAUUCAAGUGGCACAAAUGUAACAGAAGGUUCUGGAGGCACUAAAAGUGAAGGCACAGACUGUUGGUUCAGCUUGGAGACUUUUCUCUCUGUUGGGAUGUGGUUGUCAGCUCCUGCAGCCCUUCUGUCCCCUGCCCCCCGGGGAGAGGAACUCACUAGGGCCAAGCCUCUGCAGGGGCUCAUGUGCAUCUCUGCCUAAUUUAAGCUGCUUUGUGCCUCGAGUGAUGCUGCAUUUCAUGGGCUGGGCAUGGGGUUUGUGUACAGUAAUGGGGACACUGCAGCCUCUAGCCAGAAGGACAGUUGGGAUCACCUGGGGCUUCUCAGUCUGCACUGGGACUGUGCCAGUAUGGCUGACUUAUAUCAGGAUCCCCUGCCUCCCCACUUUUAUCCUGCUCACGUGCCUUUGGAAGUAGACUAUCUUUGCUAGUUCCUCCUCUUAAAUUUCUCCUUAUGAAGCAGCUUAGUAACAUAUAUCUGUUGAAGGAACAUAACUCUAUGAAGCAGCUUAGUAACAUAUAUCUGUUGAAGGAACAUAACUCUGUCUCAGCGCUGAUGUUUCUGCCUCAAUAAAUCAGAGGAUAUUGCAUACUUUGAAAAAAUA